UUAAGGAGGGCACUGGUAAAGGCAAGGUGAUCUCGAGCAGACUCGGAGAGGAAAUCAAAAGCAAGAUUCCUAUCUCCCAGCUCAAUAGAGACGACAUGGUUAGGCUAAGAACCUUCGAGAAAAAGUUUAGAACCGUACUAGGAAGCAAGGCAACCUGGAACGAGACAAUGUUGGAUAACACCUUUCGGCCCCAUACCCAAAGGUGGUUCACAGAUGGCUCCAAAACUGACGAAGGGAUAGGGGCAGGAGUACAUGGCCCCCAAGCCAAUAUCUCCAUUCCCCUGGGGAAAUAUCCCAGUAUCUUUCAGGCGGAGGUUUUUGCCAUAGACAUUUGUGCGGAGGUAAUUCUGCAGAGACAACCGAGAAAACAGCACAUUGUCAUAUGCAGCGACAGUCAGGCUGCACUGAGAGCCGUAUCGUCGUGUGAAAUUAAUUCACGGUUGGUAUGGGAAUGUGUAAAGAGACUAAACGCCCUGGGGGAACUCAACACAGUACAGCUGAUGUGGGUCCCGGGCCAUACAGGCGUACAGGGCAACGAGGAUGCUGACAAGCUCGCUAGGGAAGCAGCAGCCACUCGACCCAUAGGACCAGAACCCUUCCUUGCAGUUGGUCCUCACACUAUCAGGGAAGAGUUAAGAAUAGAGGAACGAAACCUGAUCAGAACACAUUGGAAGAAUACGCCUGGACUAAGGCAGGCGAAAGAACUUCUAGGAAGCUAUAAUCCCAGAAGAUCCAGAGAACUAAUUACACUCAACAAGACUAAUUUAAGAUUUAUUACAGGACUGCUAACUGGUCACUGCAGGCUGCGGGCCCAUAUGCAUACCUUAGGGAUUAGCGCAGACGAUUCCUGCCGCUAUUGCGACAGGGUCCCAGAAACCCCGCGGCACAUCAUCUUAGAAUGUGACGCGGUGUCGAGAAGAAGGCAAACACACUUGGGGAAGCUGUGGCCCGAGGCUUCAGACAUUCACUCUCUACAGCCCUCGAAACUGCUCGGUUUCAUCAGAGCACUGGGGCUGGACGAGGUGUUGUGAUGAGCUCCGAGGGCACAAUAGACCUAAGGUCGCAGUGCACAUCCUCUAACAAAUCUAUCUAUCUAUCUAAGCAAAUACGAUUUGUAACAACUUCUGAUACAAGGGAAAAUCGAAGG